AUGGAUCCCACCAACCAGCUGUUGUACGAUCGAUUGUACCAAAGAUGCCCUGCGCCGGUGCUGUUGAAAUGGAUGCAAGAGACGCCAGGGCUCAAGAUCCAUGUAGCCGAUUUCAUCGAGCAAUUGAAACUAGUAGAAACUCAAAACGCGUACUACGUCAAGGCAAUAGUUAAAGCCCUCAUCGAUAACGUCGAAUUACUCGACGAAGAGGGCCAAGGGACUGGGAUUGAGACUUUGGUGACCGAUGUAUGGCUCUCAGAAUGGCUCUACGAGAAGUAUGUUGCGUUGCUGGAUGUUAAACAACCAUCCGCGACCACUACAGACGUGAUCCAGUACCGGAUCUCUCCCCAAGUGAAAGUUAAAAUCGAGGAGACUCCGUAUUUAAUCAGUGCAUCCGGUACUACAGGGUUCCGCACCUGGGAAGCCGCAUUGUACCUAUCCUUGUAUCUCGCGACCAGCUGUCCAAUCACAGAAGGCAGUAAAGUGCUCGAAUUGGGUGCUGGAACAGGGAUGGUCUCUGCCACACUGGCCCUCACGAACCCGGGAAGGCUCGAUAAGCUUUAUGUCACAGAUGGAGACUGGCAUUUGACACAGCAAGCAAGAAAGAACUUUUCACUCAACGGUAUAGAGACUUCCAAUACAUACUUUGAGCAAUUAAGAUGGAAUGAGGACCCCGUUCCCACAAAACUCGACUACGUGGUCGCCGCAGAUGUCACGUACGACUCCACCGUUGUCCCAGAUCUGUGCAAAUGCAUCGCGCAAUCUCUCACACCUCGCACCACUUGUCUAGUGGCAGCCACGGUGAGAAAUGAAAAUACUACAAGCACAUUCGAAAGCACAGCCAAGGAAAUGGGUCUCGAUUGCCAACUGCAAAUGACCACAGAGACAGAUUACCGAUCUCAGUCACUUCUGGAAAAAACCUUACUCUUUCGGCCACUGCAGGCCCCCGUCAGGAUCUACCGUAUCAGCCCACACGCCCAUUGA